AUGUCACGAAGUAUAUUGGUCACCCUCCUUGCCUUCCUUUGUGUCGCUGUAACUCAGGCAUUUGUCGCCCCACAAGCAAGAUGCCAAUCUGCUCUUCAACAACCUUUCAAGAUGUUCAAUCCAUCGUCAUCAUCAUCAACAACAACACAAUCAUCUCAAAGAUUCACCACUACCACCGCACUGUCAAUGUCCGCAGAGAAUAAAGAAAACUCGCUUCCUUUUUGGCUGGAUCCCAAUACAAAGGGUGGGGUUAUUGUAUUGAGUAUUGUUCUUUUGAUUCUUCCAUUCCUCGCAUACAACGUGGUAACUGGCCUCUUUGGCGUUGAUGGGGUUGAAGCUGGAAAGUGGAUUGGUGUUGGUUUCACCGCAAUCGGAACUUUUGCAUGGGUGGGAACAUAUAUUUUUCGUGUGGCAACCAAAGAUAUGACUUAUGCCAAGCAACUAAAGGAUUAUGAAAACGCCGUAAUCGCCAAGCGUUUAGAAGAGCUUGAUGACGAUGAAAUCCAAGCACUUGUAGAAGAAAUUGAUCGUGAAGACUUCUAA